GCAAGGAGGAGGGAGGGCUGCCGAGGGGGUGUUUUCCUUUUCCUUCCCCCCCCUUUUUUUUUGGAUUGCUCUCUCUCCCUCUGUCGUCGCUUGUUGUGGCUGUUAAAUUUUAAACUGCCAUGCACUCCGCUUCCAGUAUGCUGGGAGUCGUGAAAAUGGAAGGACACGAGCACACGGAGUGGAGCAACUACUACGGCGAGCCGGAGGGUUAUUCCACCAUGAAUGCGGGGCUGGGCAUGAACAGCUACAUGAGCAUGCCCGCCAUGGGCACCGCGGGCAACAUGACGACGGUGACCUCCGGCGGUUCCAUGGGCAUGUCUUACGCGGCCGGCCCCGCGGGCAUGAACCUCUCUCCCGGAGCGGGGGCCAUGGCUGGCAUGGCGGCCCACCUGAGCCCCAGCAUGAGCCCGCUGGGCGCCCAGGCAGGCUCCAUGGGGGGCGCGCUGGGCGCCUACUCGGCUCUGAGCCCCAGCGGGGGCGGCGGCGGCGCCUAUGGGCAAGCGGCGGGCCUGGGCCGUUCCCGCGACGCCAAGAGCUACCGCCGGAGCUACACGCACGCCAAGCCGCCUUACUCCUACAUCUCGCUCAUCACCAUGGCCAUCCAACAGUCGCCCAACAAGAUGCUGACGCUCAGCGAGAUCUACCAGUGGAUCAUGGACCUCUUCCCCUUCUACCGGCAGAACCAGCAGCGCUGGCAGAACUCUAUCCGCCACUCGCUCUCCUUCAACGACUGCUUCCUCAAGGUGCCCCGUUCGCCGGACAAGCCGGGCAAGGGCUCCUUCUGGACGCUGCACCCGGACUCGGGCAACAUGUUCGAGAACGGUUGCUACCUGCGGCGCCAGAAGCGCUUCAAGUGCGACAAGCCGCCGGGCCCCAAGCAGCAGCAGCAGCAGCAGCACCAGGGCGCUUCACCCACCUCUUCGGGGGGAACGGCGCCGCAGAGUAAGAAGGCAGCCUCGCAGGCGGCUCCGCAGGAGCGCGACCUGCCCAACGGCGUGACCCCGGAAUCGCCACACUCCGGCGCCUCCCCUUGCCAAGAGCACAAGCGCGCCCUGGCCGACCUGAAGGGCCACCCGGAGCCCGCCCCGUCGCCAGCCCAGCAGCAGCAACAGCACCUGCUGGCUCAGCAUCACGCCCACGCGGGGCUCGCCCACGAGGCGCACCUCAAGGCGGAGCACCACUACGCUUUCAACCACCCUUUCUCCAUCACCAACCUGAUGUCCUCCACCGAGCAGCAGCAGCAGCACCCCCACCACCCCCACCACCCCCACCACCCUCACCAGCACCACCCCCACCAGCACCACCCCCAGCACAAGAUGGACCUCAAAGCCUACGAGCAGGUGAUGCACUACGCCAGCUACGGCUCGCCCGUGCCCAGCAGCCUGGCCAUGGGCUCGGUCACGAACAAAAGCGCCCUGGAGGCCUCGCCCUUGGCCGGAGACGCCUCCUAUUACCAAGGGGUCUACUCCCGACCCAUCAUGAACUCUUCCUAAAGAGCAGCCCCCCCCCGCCUCUGCCCUCUCCCCCACCCCCUUUUCUCUCCUCGGGAGAAAAAAAUCUGGGAGGUGAGACACUUCAGAAAGAAUCCAAACGAGGCCCGAAGCAGCCCUCCCACUCUGCCUCCCCGCCUAGGUCACCUUCCGUUUCGUUUCACAUCCAAAGCCCAUCGGAAUAAAACGAUCCGGCGGUCUCAGCUCGCGAACUGGAGCCCCCCCCCGCCCCUUUGUAUCGACUAAAGAUUCUCUAGCCCUAUUUUUGAAAAGAAAAGAAAAAGAACCCUUUCUACGAGGAGCCCUCCCGCACUGCUCUGGGCGAAGAAUCCUGGCACUCGAGCCCUGCUCCUCGUUUCGAAAAGCUCCCUCACUAUUUAAUCGACGUUUGCCGUUGUGUCAUUUCAGUCUUCUUUUUCUUCUGCCCUUUUCUCGCCGACGUCGGAACAACGGGAUUGAUCUCCAACCCCCGUGGGCGUGUGGAAAGCUCCCGGUUCCCUAGGCUUGGGCUCUUGGCCACCUUCAGUCUGCGUCAGACUCCGAUUUAAUUGUAUUGGAACUGGAGGUUUCUUUUUAGGAGACGCCUUGUACGUUUCUUUCUUUUGUUUGUCGCAGGGAGUUAUAAACAUAUCUAUUUUUGGGCGUGAAAGUGACACAAAAAUGUGUGUGUGUGUGUGUGUGUGAACCGAUGUUAGCUUUCAAAACUGAGGAUCAAAAGACUGUAGCAUUGUGAAGUGGGGGAGGGGACAAAAAGAAAAAAAGGGACUUUAGAUUGUAAUUUGACACACGAAGAUUUGAUGUUACGGGAGAGUAAACGACUCGGAUCGAAUUAA